AACGCUUCUUUCAACAGCAGCAACAGUUAGUCAGCCACCUCGGUAGCUUGUUAGACAAAAUAGCUGAACCAAUAAAGCUCUUUAGACGCUUUCGUGGGUAUUAGCCACUGUGUUUUAAAGUUAUCCGAUUUAAUUUCAUAUUUACUGUGUUGUUAUUAUUCAGCUAGCGGGCUGGUUAAUUUAGCAUUAGCCUAGCUAGCUAACAUCUCCGACCAUGACUUCACUAAGCUACUCUCCUUCUACUAAAGAAGAGGAUGUCUGCUGGACGGAGAAAGAAGCUCUCGUCAAAGAGGAGGAGGAAGAGAAUAAUGUCACAGUAAAACAAGAAGUUGAGAGUGAGGCUGUUAUAGUUAAAGAAGAGAAAGACGUUUCAGUGAAAGAAGGAGAAGACUCGUUCAGAGUGAAAGAAGAGGAGGAGGAUGUUACAGUAAAAGAAGAGGAGGAAGAGAAGGAUGUUACAAUAGAAAAACAAGUAGAGAGCGAGGCAGUUACAGGGAAAGAAGAAGAGAAAGACGUUUCGGUGAAAGAAGAGGAAGACGCGUUCAGAGUGAAGGAGGGGGAGGAUGUUACAGUAAAAGAAGAGUAUGAUGCAGUUUUUGAAGUGAAAGAGGGGGAGAUUACGGCCACAUCGGAAGAGGAGGAAACUGGAUAUCUGGGCCCGAUUUCCCAAACGAAAUUUAAGGCAUCCAGUGGUUCUAACGAUGAACUUAGCCAUAAGAUGGUUUUGAGAAACCGGGCCGUGAUUACCACUGGAGAGAUACGGGACUAUCGUGGAUCCUCUGGGGAGCCUCAACAACAUCAUGAUGCUGACGAGGCAGAGAAGAGUCUCUCCAGAUCAAAACACCUCAAUAAACACCUGCAGAGACCCACAGGGAAGAAAUCUAUUUGCUGCUCUGCCUGUGGGAAAUGUUGCAAAUCUUCAUCAGAACUUAAAAUACACCAGCAAGUCCACACAGGAGAGAAACCAUACUGCUGCUCUGACUGCGGGAAAUGUUUCUCAAGAUCAAAUUCACUAAAAGUACACCUGAGAAUUCACACGGGAGAGAAAUCUCACCACUGUUUUGAUUGUGGGAAAAGUUACUUAAGAUUAAAAUCACUAAAAGUACACAUGAGAAUUCACACUGGAGAGAAACCUUAUAGAUGUGAUCAAUGUGGGAAGAGUUUUACUAUAUCUAGCUGUCUGACUAUACAUCAGAGAACACAUACAGGAGAAAAACCGUAUAGCUGUACUCAAUGUGAGAAGAGUUUCACUACAUCUAGCCAAUGGAUUGUACACCAGAGAACACACACAGGAAAGAAAUCUCUUAGCUGUACUCAAUGUGGGAAGAGUUUCACUCACUUAGGCAGCCUGUUAUCACACCAGAGAAAACACACAGGAGAGAAAUCUUAUAGCUGUGAUCAAUGUGGGAAGACUUUUACUCAGUCAAGCAAUCUGGUAUCACACCAGAGAACACACACAGGAGAGAAACCUUAUAGCUGUGAUCAAUGUGGGAAGAGUUUUACUAAAUCGAGCAGUCUUGUUGUACACAAGAGAACACACACAGGAGAGAAACCUCAUAGCUGUGAUCAAUGUGGGAAGAGUUUUGUUACAUCUAGCCGUCUUAUUGAACACCAGAGAACACACACAGGAGAGAAACCUCAUAGCUGUGAUCAAUGUGACAAGAGAUACUCUGAUAAAAGAUCGCUGAUCAAACAUCAGAAAAUACAUACAUGAAGGAGUUGUUUCAUGAUAUCAAUGAAAUGUCACAGUGUAGAAUGUUUUAAUGUUGUAGUAGGAGUAUUUUAAUGGAGAACCCUAAUUGUUUGCCCCCUGUUCUAUUGAUUUCAGCGUGAUAUGGAUAUGAGCUUCAUCAGUAGAAACAUCUUUGUACUUUGCUCCGUUCAUCUUUCCCUCGAUCUUGACUAGUCUGCCAGUCCCUGCCACUGAAAAACAUCCCCACAGCAUGAUGCUGCCACCACCGUGCUUCACCGUAGGGAUGGUGCCUGGUUUCCUCCAGACUUGAUGCUUUGCAUUCAGGCCAAAGAGUUCAAUCUUGGUUUCAUCAGACCAGAGGUGUGUCCAAUGCAGACAUGAUGGGAUUAGUAUUGGCUUCAUAGAUGUGUCCAAUGCAAACAUGAUGGAUUAGUAUUGGCUUCAUAGACGUGUCCAAUGCAGACAUGAUGGGAUUAGUAUUGACCUCAUAGACGUUUCCAAUGCAGACAUGAUGGAUUAGUAUUGGCUUCAUAGAUGUGUCCAAUGCAGACAUGAUGGAUUAGUAUUGGCUUCAUAGACGUGUCCAAUAAUGCAGACAUGAUGGAUUAGUAUUGGCUUCAUAGACGUGUCCAAUGCAGACAUGAUGGGAUUAGUAUUGGCUUCAUAGACGUGUCCAAUAAUGCAGACAUGAUGGAUUAGUAUUGACCUCAUAGACGUGUCCAAUGCAGACAUGAUGGAUUAGUAUUGGCUUCAUAGACGUGUCCAAUGCACUUAUUCAUGUGGUUUGUAAUUUCGAUACUGAAACAGGAUUGGCUAAUCCUCCCACAUUGUUUCCAUUUUGCUGAGAUGUUUUCUCCAUUUGAAAUGAUACUGUUAGAAAUGGGUAAAGCACUCACAUCUGUGAACUUGUGUGUGUUCAUCAUUAGUUAAUAACUUGAAAGAAAACAAAAGGCUGAUUGAUACUGAUCAGUGUGUGGGUUUUCUUUUUCAUCAGACAAUUAAUGAGGCUCAUAAUGAGGCUCCCCAUGUUGAAGGAGAGCAGUUUAGACUCAUAAUGAGGCUGACCAUGUUGAAGCAGACCAGAGUAGACUCAUAAUGAGGCUCCCAUGUUGAAGGAGACCAGAUUAGAUCCAUAAUUAGGCUAACCUUGUCGAAGUAGGCCAGAUUAAACUCAUGAGGCUAACCAUGUUGAAGGAGAACGGAAUAGACUCAUAAUGAGCCUACCCCGUUGAAGGAGACCAGAUUACACUCCUAAUGAGGCUGACCAUGUCAAAGGAGACCAGAUUAGACUAAUAACGAGGCUAACCAUGUUGAAGGACACCAGAUUAGACUAAUAAUGAGGCUAACCAUGCUGAAGGAGACUAGAUUAGACUCAUGAUCAGUGGUGGAAAAAGUACCCAAUUGUCAUACUUGAGGAAAGUAUAGAAAGUCACCCAGUAAAAUACUACUUGAGUAAAAGUCAAA